UUUUGUCGCCAAUUUUCUUUCAUUUUCGACCUUCUUUCGGCUCACGGGACACUCGCAGACAUGGGCAAAAAAGAGGAAGAGGAAAUCAUAAGAAUCGCGAAGAAAAUCGAUAAAAUGGCGCAGAAGAAAAACGGGGCCGGGGCCUUGGACCUUCUGAAAGAGCUGCGUUCUGUUCCCAUGACUUUGGAGCUUCUUCAGUCAACCAGAAUCGGGAUGUCUGUCAAUGCCAUUCGGAAGCAGAGCACUGAUGAUGAAGUGACAGCUCUUGCAAAAUCUUUGAUCAAAUCAUGGAAGAAACUUUUGGAUGCUGAACCAGGAGCUGAAAAAGCUUCAGAAGAGAAGAGAAAAGAGUCAUCUGCCUCAGCCUCUCCGUCACAGGGCAGCCCAGAAGUUAAAGAAGAAAGCAGCUCCAGCAGUAACUCCAGCAGCAAGAGCGAGCCCGCGGAAGUCGCACCAAACACAUUAAUCAACACCUUUCCUCGAGCCCCCAGCACCUCGGACUCCAUUCGGCUCAAAUGUAGAGAAAUGCUGGCCGCUGCUCUGCAAACUGGAGAGGAUUACAUUGCUAUUGGUGCUGACUGUGAUGAACUUGGAGCCCAAAUUGAAGAAUGUAUCUACCAAGAGUUCAAGAACACAGACAUGAAAUACAAGAAUCGAGUUCGAAGCCGCAUUUCGAAUCUGAAGGAUAUGAAGAACCCCAAUUUGAGGAGGACUGUACUAUGUGGCAGUAUAACUCCAGAGAGGAUGGCUAAGAUGACCUCUGAGGAAAUGGCAAGUGAUGAGCUGAAGAAGAUGAGGGAGAAUCUGACCAAAGAGGCUGUGAGGGACCACCAGAUGGCCACCACAGGAGGCACCGUGACUGAUCUUUUCACUUGUGGCAAAUGCAAGGGCAAGAGCUGCACCUACACACAGGUUCAGACACGCAGCGCUGAUGAACCUAUGACCACGUUUGUUUUCUGCAAUCAGUGUGGAAAUAGAUGGAAGUUCUGCUGAAUUCUCAAACACCUUUUAUGGCACUCCUUCGACAAGUAGCAAAUGUCCCGGACCAGAUUUUGUCUAAAGCUCCGUUAUUGGAUCUUUGUGUUCUGUGGUACAUGGCACACACACAAACGUUUAACGAUGCCACUGCAGUUACUGCUUGAAUUGUUAUUACUACUUCGCUGUUGAUAGAAGUAAGCUGAGUGUCAAUGCCCCUUCAACUCUUGACAUAUUUUACUAUUGUUAUUAGUUGUUCACUGUCAUAUAUAUGCGAUUUGUCUCUUUUAUGCAUUUUUAUAAGUAGUUUUAACACAUUGAUCAUGUUUUGCUUACCCCUUCACAACAUUACAGUUGUUUAUUUAAUUUCCCAAUAAAGUGUAAUCCAUUUGAUUAAA